GGCCGUUGCCCCGGAGACGCCGGGCGAGUUCCGGGGAGCAAGGUUUGCUGGCGGCUCCGAGGUGGUGCGCACGGCUCCCGCGGGUGCGAGGAGCGGCAACCGCGCGCGGAGGCCGGCUCUCCGCAUCCGCACGGCCGCGGUGGGCCGACACCAGGCCCCAGACCCCCAGGCACCCGGACGGGCCUUCUGCCCACGCCGGCUCCUCCGCGCGACCCCCGCCGCCGCUGCCGAGAGGCCGCGGGUGGCUGCCUGUGAGCGCAGCCCGAAGCCAUCCCCCUCUCUGGACGUCCUUUCAUUCACCUUCUCAGCUGCCCAGCGAGGGGACUGAAAACAGGCACAUCCUCCACCAGUGAUGGGAAGUGAUCCUCCGUGGUGGUGCUGAGUCUCUGAAUAUGAUUCGAAUUGCAGCCUUGAAUGCCAGCUCCACAAUUGAGGAUGACCAUGAAGGAAGUUUUAAAAGUCACAAAAUCCAGACAAAGGAGGCCCAGGAAGCUGAGGCUUUUGCCCUAUACCACAAGGCCCUGGAUCUGCAGAAACACGACAGGUUUGAGGAGUCUGCCAAGGCCUACCAUGAGCUCCUGGAGGCACGCCUGCUGAGGGAGGCAGUUUCAUCCGGAGAUGAGAAGGAAGGGCUGAAACACCCGGGACUGAUACUGAAAUACUCUACAUAUAAGAACCUCGCCCAGUUGGCAGCCCAGAGAGAGAACCUUGAGACAGCCAUGGAAUUCUACUUGGAGGCAGUGAUGCUGGAUUCCACAGAUGUCAACCUUUGGUACAAAAUUGGACACGUGGCUCUGAGGCUCAUCCGGCUUCCCCUGGCUCGCCAUGCUUUUGAGGAAGGGCUUCGGUGUAACCCUGACCACUGGCCCUGCUUGGACAAUCUCAUCACUGUUUUGUACACCCUCAGUGAUUACACAACAUGUCUUUACUUCAUCUGCAAAGCACUGGAGAAAGACUGCCGAUACAGCAAAGGCCUAGUCCUCAAGGAGAAGAUUUUUGAAGAGCAGCCUUGUCUCCGGAAGGACUCACUCCGAAUGUUCCUCAAAUGUGACAUGUCAAUUCAUGAUGUGUCAGUGAGUGCAGCAGAGACACAGGCCAUUGUAGAUGAGGCGCUGGGGCUGCGGAAGAAGAGACAAGCAUUGGUCGUGCGGGAGAAGGAACCGGACCUGAAACUAGUACAGCCCAUACCUUUCUUCACGUGGAAGUGCCUUGGAGAGAGCUUGCUGGCUAUGUACAAUCACCUCACCACUUGUGAGCCCCCAAGACCCAGCCUUGGCAAGAGGAUUGACUUGUCUGACUACCAGGACCCCAGCCAGCUUCUAGCAUCCUCUGUAGCAGUUACACCUGUCAGUGUGGUCCAGCCAAGUCCUGUUAGCACCAACCCAACUGUGGCUGUGGCUGAGCCUAUGCUCUCAUAUACCUCUGUGACCACAGCCAGCUUUCCAUUGCAUAGUCCUGGCCUGCUGGACACAGGCGCUCCUCUGGGUGAUGUUUCUGGAGGAGAUAAAUCUAAGAAAGGGGUAAAGCGUAAGAAGACUGUAGAAGAAAGUGGAGAGACAGCAAAGCGGAGGUCUGCCCGUGUCCGAAACACCAAGUGCAAAAAGGAAGAGAAAGUGGAUUUCCAGGGGCUUCUGGUAAAGUUCCUGCCGUCCAGGUUAAGAAAACUGGAUCCUGAGGAGGAAGAUGACCCAUUUAAUAACUAUGAAGUACAGUCAGAAGCCAAACUGGAGAGCUUCUCGAAUGUGGGACCUCAUCGAAUGUCCUUUGAUUCAGCCACAUUCAUGGAAUCGGAGAAGCAAGAUGUGCAUGAGUUCCUGAUGGAGAACCUGACCAAUGGGGGCAUCCUGGAGCUGAUGAUGCGCUAUCUGAAGAGCAUGGGCCAUAAGUUCUUGCUGAAGUGGCCCCCGGGCCUGGCGGAUGUUGUUCUUAGCGUCUACCACAGCUGGAGGAGGCACAGCACCAGCUUGCCCAACCCAUUGCUGAGGGACUGCAGCAACAAGCACAUCAAGGACAUGAUGCUGAUGUCUCUCUCCUGCAUGGAGCUCCAACUGGACCAGUGGCUACUGACCAAAGGCAGAAGCUCCACUGUGUCACCCCGGAACUGCCCUGCUGGUGUGGUGACAGGCAGGUUUGGGCCUGACUUCCCGGGAACCCACUGCCUAGGUGACCUCCUGCAGCUGUCAUUUGCCUCAUCUCAGCGUGACCUGUUUGAGGAUGGCUGGCUGGAGUUUGUUGUUCGUGUUUACUGGCUGAAGGCCCGUUUCUUGGCACUACAGGGGGACAUGGAACAAGCCCUGGAGAACUAUGACAUCUGCACAGAAAUGCUCCAGAGCUCCAGUGCCGUCCACACAGAGGCAGGGGCUGAGCAAGGGGACAUUGUCAUCCGGCUGCCCAAUCUCCACAACGACUCCAUUGUUUCUCUGGAGGAAAUUGAUAAGAACCUGAAGUCCCUGGAAAGGUGCCAGUCCCUGGAGGAGAUUCAGCGGCUGUUUGAGGCAGGUGACUACAAGGCUGUGGUGCGUCUGCUCAGGCCCACUCUGUGUACCAGUGGUUUUGACCGGGCCAAACACCUGGAGUUUAUGACUUCCAUCCCCGAGAGGCCAGCCCAGCUGCUUCUGUUGCAGGACUCAUUGCUCCGGCUGAAGGACCACAGACAGUGUUUUGAAUGUUCGGAUGUGGCUCUGAAUGAGGCUGUCCAGCAGAUGGUGAACUCAAGUGAAUCUGCAGCCAAGGAGGAGUGGGUGGCCACAGUGACCCAGUUGCUGCUGGGCAUUGAGCAGGCACUUUCCUCAGACAGUAGUGGCAGCAUCCUUAAGGAAUCCUCCUCUACCGCUGGACUAGUCCGGCUCACCAACAACCUCAUCCAGGUCAUCGACUGCAGCAUGGCUGUGCAAGAGGAGCCCAAGGAGCCCUAUGUUUCCUCAGUGCUGCCCUGGAUCAUCCUGCACAGGAUCAUCUGGCAGGAGGAAGACACCUUCCGCUCCCUGUGCCACCAGCAGCAGCUCCAGAACCCAGCAGAGGAAGGGAUGUCGGAGAUGCCCAUGCUCCCAUCUUCCCUCAUGCUGCUCAACACAGCACAUGAGUACUUGGGCAGGAGAUCUUGGUGCUGCAAUUCAGAUGGAGCGCUGCUGCGAUUCUAUGUGCAAGUUCUCCAGAAGGAGCUUGCUGUGUCUGCCUCUGAAGACACUCACCCCUACAAGGAGGAGCUGGAGACUGCCUUGGAGCAGUGCUUCUAUUGCCUGUACAGCUUCCCCAGCAAGAAAAGCAAGGCCAGGUACCUGGAGGAGCACUCGGCCCAGCAGGUGGAUCUUAUAUGGGAGGAUGCCUUAUUUAUGUUUGAGUAUUUUAAGCCCAAGACGCUCCCUGAGUUUGACAGCUAUAAGACCAGCACCGUUUCUGCUGAUUUGGCCAACCUGCUGAAAAGAAUUGCUACCAUCGUGCCCCGCACAGAGAAGCCAGCUCUAAGCUUGGACAAAGUCUCGGCCUACAUUGAGGGAACCUCAGCUGAGGUACCCUGCCUUCCAGAAGGGGCAGACCCCACCCCUCCAGUGGUGAAUGAGCUCUACUACCUCCUGGCUGAUUAUCAUUUCAAGAACAAGGAGCAGUCGAAAGCCAUCAAGUUCUACAUGCAUGAUAUUUGCAUCUGCCCCAACAGGUUCGAUUCCUGGGCAGGCAUGGCUUUGGCCCGGGCCAGCCGAAUUCAGGACAAGCUGAACUCAAAUGAGCUGAAGAGCGAUGGACCCAUCUGGAAACAUGCCACACCUGUUCUGAACUGCUUCCGGAGGGCCCUUGAGAUUGACAGCUCUAAUUUGUCCUUGUGGAUUGAGUAUGGCACCAUGUCCUAUGCCUUACACUCAUUUGCUUCCCGCCAACUGAAGCAGUGGAGAGCUGAACUGCCCCCUGAGCUUGUACAGCAGAUGGAGGACCGGCGCAACAGCAUGCUGGAGACAGCCAGGCACUGUUUCACAUCUGCAGCCCACUGCGAGGGUGAUGGUGAUGAGGAGGAAUGGCUCAUUCACUACAUGCUGGGCAAAGUGGCUGAGAAGCAGCAGCAACCGCCAACCGUGUACCUGCUGCACUACCGGCAGGCUGCCCACUACUUGCACGAGGAGGCUGCCCGUUACCCUAAGAAGAUCCACUACCACAACCCGCCCGAGCUGGCCAUGGAAGCCCUGGAGGUGUACUUCCGGCUCCAUGCAUCCAUCCUGAAGCUCCUAGGCAAACCUGACUCUGGGGUAGCUGCAGAGGUCCUGGUCAGCUUUAUGAAGGAGGCAGCAGAAGGACCUUUUGCCAGGGGCGAGGAGAAGAAUACACCCAAAGCUUCAGAAAAGGAGAAGGCCUGCCUGGUGGAUGAGGACUCCCACUCUUCAGCUGGGACACUGCCGGGCCCCGGAGCCUCCCUUCCCUCCUCCUCUGGCCCAGGUCUGACAUCCCCACCUUACACAGCUACUCCGAUUGACCACGAUUACGUCAAAUGUAAAAAACCCCAUCAGCAGGCGACGCCGGACGACCGAAGCCAGGACAGCACAGCUGUGGCACUUUCAGACUCCAGCUCAACACAGGACUUCUUUAAUGAGCCCACAAGUUUGCUGGAAGGUUCUCGAAAGCCCUUUCCAGAGAAGAGGCUGUCUGGGCUCAUUGCUCAAGCAGGACCAACUGGUAAAGACCUUCCAGGGCCUGCAGAGGAAAGAGGAAAAACCGAGGAGUCCUUGGAGAGCACAGAGGCCUUCCGGGUUGUAGAACAAGUCGUCCAGAAGCCUGUGGCAGACUCCUCAGCCUCCACUUACAUCCCCAGCAAGCCCCCAAUGUCCACACCUCCUUUGUGGGAUGGGAAGAAGAGGGGUGACCCUCUAGGGGAACCAGUGGCUUUUCCCCAGGGCCUGCCAGCAGGUGCUGAGGAGCAGCGCCAGUUCCUCACAGAGCAGUGCAUCGCUUCCUUCUGCCUGUGCUUGAGCCGCUUCCCGCAGCACUACAAGAGUCUCUACCGCCUGGCCUUUCUCUACACCUACAGCAAGACUCACCGGAACCUCCAGUGGGCCCGUGAUGUGUUGCUAGGCAGCAGUAUCCCAUGGCAACAACUGCAGCACAUGCCGGCACAGGGGCUCUUCUGCGAGAGGAACAAGACCAAUUUCUUCAACGGCAUCUGGCGGAUCCCCGUGGAUGAGAUUGACCGGCCAGGCAGCUUUGCCUGGCACAUGAACCGCUCCAUCGUGCUGCUGCUCAAGGUUCUAGCCCAGCUCCGGGAUCACAGCACCUUGUUGAAGGUGUCCUCCAUGCUGCAGCGCACCCCAGACCAGGGCAAGAAGUAUCUACGAGAUGCUGACCGCCAGGUCCUGGCACAGCGAGCCUUCAUCCUCACUGUGAAAGUGUUGGAGGACACACUGAGUGAGCUUGCAGAGGGAUUAGAACACUCAGGACCCAAGGCUUGUGGCCUUUCUGGAGCCAGGAUGACCACCGAUGUCUCACACAAAGCCAGUCCCGAGGAUGGCCAGGAAAGCCCCCCCCACCCCAAGAAGCUACCUCUAGCUGAUGGCUCAGGACCAGGGCCUGAGCCAGGGGCCAAAGUGGGCCCUCUUAACCAAUUGCCAGUGACCAUAGACACAAGGGACAGCACAGACCAAGGUGGGGAGCAGAAGGACAAAGAGAGUCCCCAAGUGGGAGCCAGUGAACCCAUGGAUACCAGUGAGGCUGCUGUUCGGCACCCAGACUUGGAACAGACACCACCUCUGCUGCCAGGCCGCCCCCCAAGGGACCGGGGGCCAGAGAGCCGGUCUGCUGAGCUUUCCCUGGAGGAGCUGAGCAUCAGCGCCCGACAGCAGCCUGCUCCACCUGCACCAUCCCCUGGAACCCCCUCCACCACUGCUGCUCCCACCCCCGGGGGGGCCAGGGGAGGAGGGCACCCUGAGGAGGCACCUCCAAGACCUAAUCGCAAAAGGAAACUCCUGGAGGACACAGAGUCUGGCAAGGCGCUCCUGCUGGAUGCCUACCGCGUGUGGCAGCAGGGCCAGAAGGGCAUGGCCUAUGACUUGAGCCGCAUUGAGAAGAUCAUGUCGGAGACGUACAUGCUCAUCAAGCAGGUGGACGAGGAGACUGCACUGGAGCAGGCAGUGAAGUUCUGUCAGGUCCACCUUGGGGCUGCUACCCAGAGACAGGCCUCAGGGGAUGCACCCACCACCCCCAAGCACCCCAAGGACAGCCGAGAUAAUUUCUUCCCUGCAACAGUGGCCCCCACAACACCUGACCCCACAGCCACUGAUGCUCUUCAGCGGCCCAGUGACUCCCACCUCAAGCCGGUAUUGUCUACUGCCACAGCUGUCAUCAGUUCCCCUCUCUCAGCAUCAACCUCCACCCCAGACCUAUGCACAGAUCCUGGAAUUCUGCGGCCACACAGGCCAGAGGCUACCCCCAGCAUGGCCUCUUUGAGUCCUGAGGGAGAAGAGCUCUCAGGAGUGACAGAAGGUGCCAGCUUUCCAGCCCAAGAACCACAGCACAGUCACCAGGUGAAAAUGACUGCCCCAGGUCCCCUGGCUGAGCAGCACUGCUGGCCAGUGGAGGUUGUUUGCCAUACAGCUACGGAGCCCACCUGCAGCCAAGCCACCAGCACUAAGGUCCCCAGCAGCGGAAGUACCCAGACACCCGAGAGCCAUCCAGGCAAAACUGAGUCCAGCAGGGCCAAAUCCCGCCUUCUGCCCAACAUGCCAAAGCUGGUGAUCCCCUCGGCCACCACCAAGUUCCCUCCUGAGAUCACCGUCACACCGCCUACCCCGACCCUGCUUUCCCCCAAAGGCAGCAUCUCGGAGGAGACCAAGCAGAAGCUGAAGUCAGCCAUCCUGUCCGCCCAAUCAGCUGCCAAUGUGAGGAAGGAGAGCCUGUGCCAGCCAGCCCUGGAAGUUCUGGAGACAUCCAGUCAGGAGUCCUCAUUGGAAAGUGAGACAGACGAGGAUGACGACUAUAUGGACAUAUGAGGCCCACUCCAAGGCCAUCAGCCAUGCCCGAGGCAACAGCAAGGCCUGGAAUUCCUUUGGUCCAGACCCUGGGCAAGGCCCAGGCAUCGGGGGUGUAUCACUUACCAUGGUCUCCUAAGCCUGCCCAGCCCCCUCUUUACAGCAUCCUGCCCCAGUUCAGGCUGCCCACACACACUGUUUGUUGGUCCAGAGGAAGAUAAGGCCUAUCUUAGGCACGUGAACUAGUUAUGGUCUACACAGCAGGGCUGGCACUUUUUUUUUUUUUUUUUUUUUUUUUUAAUGAAAUACUGACUUUACUUACAAGCCCAUGCCCAGGCCCCACAGUUCAGUGCCAAGACAGGCUAGCUUGGGUUCUGGUGGAGACGUCAUCGAGAGCCUAGCUCACCCCAUACCCUUUUUUGUCAUUGUUGUUUCUUUUCUAAUAAAGGUGGGAAAAUA